GAGACUCACUAGCUGACAAAGAGUGAGCGGGGAAAGGAGAGGAACUUCCAGCUGACGGGAUCUCUCUAAACUACUGAGAACAAAUGAUUUGAAAGGAGGAGAAGAGGAUUUGACAGGCUGGACGUCUGUUUCCUAACAUGUUUUUAGAGAAAAAAGGAAGAUACUAAAGAAUGAAGAGACCGUCUGAAAAUCUCCUCCACCUGCUCAGCUGUUUCCACCUGCUGGCUGCUGUCACGUCACAGGUCAACCCAGAUGUGUGUCGGUAUCCUCUGGGGAUGUCGGGAGGGCAGAUUCGAGAUGAAGACAUUUCUGCCUCCAGCCAGUGGUCUGAAUCCACAGCUGCUCGCCACGGCAGGUUGGACUGUGAGGAGGGGGAUGGCGCGUGGUGUCCCGAGACCACGGUGGAGCCAGACAACCUGAAGGAGUUCCUCCAGAUUGACCUGAACUUGCUCCACUUCAUCACCCUUGUGGGCACCCAGGGUCGCCAUGCGGGGGGCAUGGGGAAUGAAUUUGCUCAGAUGUACAUGAUAAAGUACAGUCGUGAUGGCAGCCGCUGGAUCACAUGGAGAAACCGGCAGGGCAAACAGGUAAUUGAGGGCAACAGGAACACCUAUGACACCGUCCUGAGGGAUCUGGACCCACCCAUCAUCGCUCGCUUUGUUCGCUUCAUGCCGGUCACUGACCACUCCAUGAACGUCUGCAUGAGAGUCGAGCUCUACGGCUGUAAAUGGCUCGAUGGUCUUGUUUCGUACAACGCCCCGGCAGGAGAGCAGAUGAAACUCCCUGCUUUCCCUGUUUUUUUCAACGACUCUGUCUACGAUGGAGCGAUUACGCACAUGAUGACGGAAGGACUGGGCCAGCUGUCUGAUGGAGUGAUGGGUCUGGAUGAUUUUACUCAAAGUCAUGUCUACCAGGCGUGGCCAGGUUAUGACUACGUGGGCUGGAACAACGAGAGCUUUCCCAGUGGAUUUGUUGAAAUAAUGUUUGAGUUUGACCGGCCCCGAAACUUCACUACCAUGAAGGUCCAUUGCAACAACAUGUUCUCACGGCACGUCAAGGUCUUCAGACAAGUAGUGUGCUACUUCAGAUCGGAUUCAGACUGGGAAUCCACGCUGCUCUCCUUUAGCCCGGUGGUGGAUGAGAAUGAUCCAAGUGCCCAAUUUAUUACCAUCGAGUUGACCAAUCGGAUGGCUAAUGCUAUUAAGUGUCAGUUCUAUUUUAAGGAUGCAUGGAUGCUGUUCAGUGAGAUCACUUUUCAGUCAGACAGAGCCAUGUACAACACAACACUGAUUUCACCCACUAUUGGGCCUCCAACCAACACACCACCAGAAGACGACCCAACCCAUAAAAUUGAUGACAGCAACACCCGGAUUUUAAUUGGUUGUUUAGUAGCCAUAAUCUUUAUCCUCUUGGCCAUUAUUAUCAUUAUCUUGUGGAGGCAAGUGUGGCAGAAGUUGAUGGAAAAGGCCUCCCGUCGGAUGCUGGAUGAUGAACUUACUGCAAGUUUAUCAAUACAGACGGAGGUGUUUGGUUAUAACCAAAGCCAGUCGCGGGUGACUAAUGAGCAGGAGUCUAGUGCUGCCUACGAACGCAUAUUCCCUCUUGGGCCAGACUACCAGGAGCCGUCAAGCCUCAUCAGUAAGCUCCCAGAGUUUGCACAGAACUCAGAGGAACCCGGUUUUUUUGCAGCUUCAACCAGCACAGCCAGCUCCAAAUCCACCACCACUACUGCGUUAGUCCAAGAUGGCGCUCCUCACUAUGCAGAAGCAGACAUAGUCAACUUGCAAGGAGUGACUGGAAGCAACACUUAUGCCAUCCCAGCAGUAACCAUGGACCUGCUGUCGGGGAAGGAUGUCGCUGUGGAGGAGUUCCCACGGAAGCUGCUUACAUUCAAAGAAAAGCUUGGGGAGGGACAGUUUGGGGAGGUGCACCUGUGUGAAGCAGAGGGAAUGCAGGAGUUUCUACAUGAAGAGUAUUUGUUUGACAUCCCCGAAGACCAGCCCGUCUUGGUGGCGGUGAAGAUGCUCCGUUCAGAUGCCAACGGCAAUGCAAGGAAUGACUUCCUGAAGGAAAUCAAGAUCAUGUCACGUCUGAAGGACCCCAACAUCAUUAGGCUGCUGGCUGUGUGCAUCUACAGCAACCCACUGUGUAUGAUCACAGAGUACAUGGAGAAUGGAGACCUCAACCAGUUUCUGUCCCGCCAUGAGCCAGAGGGCCAGCUGGCUCUGCUCAGUAACACAGCUACUGUCAGCUUCAGUAAUCUGUGCUACAUGGCUACUCAGAUAGCCUCUGGGAUGAAGUAUCUGUCCUCUCUGAAUUUCGUCCAUCGAGACUUAGCCACACGGAACUGCUUGGUGGGCAAGAACUACACAAUAAAGAUAGCUGACUUUGGCAUGAGCCGAAACCUGUACAGCGGCGAUUACUAUCGCAUCCAGGGGAGAGCAGUGCUGCCUAUACGCUGGAUGUCAUGGGAGAGCAUCCUGCUGGGGAAGUUUACCACAGCGAGUGAUGUGUGGGCCUUUGGAGUGACUCUGUGGGAGAUCCUAAACUUCUGCAAGGAGCAGCCUUACUCUCAGCUCACUGAUGAGCAGGUUAUAGAAAACACAGGGGAGUUUUUCAGAGACCAGAAACGACAGAUUUAUCUGCCUCAACCUGUGCUGUGCUCAGACUCGCUGUACAAGAUAAUGCUGAGCUGCUGGAGAAGGAAUGCAAAAGAGCGACCUUCUUUCCAGGAAAUACACGGACGGCUAUCGGAUUUAGAGUCGUAGGCCGGAGCGGUGUUUGAGACAGUCAAUCCCAGGCUGCGCAUUCCUGGAAUAAGCAGUGUCUGAUAGGAGUCACAACCCAGAUUUAAGCUAUCUUGUCUCAGUUGAGCAAAGGGUGGAAAAGGGGAGCACCUGUGGGUUCCAGUAUGACACAAUAGGAAGUUUAGCUAUAUGUGAUAUGCUUAGGUUUGAUUGCAUUCAGCACAAAUCUUUUCCAAUAAACUAAAGAGAUUAUUGGAAGUAAAUACCUUCUCUGUUGUGGAUAUGAACUGGAGAUGUCAAGUGUGUGAAGAAGUAAAGCAAACAUUAAUGUAGCAAAAAGAAAAACAUUUGGCACUUUUGAAAACUUUGAUGGAUGUUACAAACUAACACAUACACAUGAAUAAUGGUUGAAUAGCUUUUAUUUUGAAAGACUGUUUGAAUGUAGGUCAAAAAAGUACAGCAAAUUAUACAUUUCUUU